AUGGGUACAGGAGGCAUUGAGCCAGAGGCCCCCCCGUGCAAUGGGUUGCCUGGAAGCACCGCCUUCAUGGGAACAGAAAGGCAACAAGUGUAUGGGGUUGUCAUAGCAGCAGUGUUCCGAAGCUGUGCCACUGGGGGGGGGGGUGCUCCCUCCAUCCCCAGGGAGCAGAGAAUGGAAGUAAAGGGCUUUACAGGUGCCCCCUUCGGCACUCAGACAGUCAGAUUUGAUGUGUCAGCCGUUUAUCCAAAGUGUAAGAAACCUGGUACAUACACACAGGCGCCCUACUGCAAAAAGGUCUCUUCAGAGUUGGGAAGAAAGAUAGGCCCAGGCACCUACAAUAUUGACCAUGGAAGCUUUAGCUCCUCUGUGCUGCAUGUGAAGGCUUCAAAUUCUGGCUGGGCCAAAGCAGAGGAACCGGCACGACUUACCCAGAUGCCCCAUUUUAAUUUUAAGGAGACAUUGAAGAAACGCAAGUAUCUGAAAGAAAAACUGGGCCCAGGAACUUACAACAUCAAAGAUUUUCUGCAAGAAACCCGACCUUCAAGUAUCAAAGGUGUUUGUGACACUGGAGAAGAGAGGUUUAGAGACUGCAUUAGGGAUUGCCAUCCUGGCCCUGGGACUUACGGCAAGAAUGGAAACCCUUAUGCCCUGAUUGCGGAGAAGGAGAGACGCUCGGCAAACUCUCAAGGGAUAAUGGACAGCAAAGCCGAAAAAUCUGUCUUACCUACUGCUGCGGGGAGUGGUUUGGGGCCAGCCACCUACAAUCUUAAAAACAGUACAGACGAGAUGUUGAAACGUGUGGUCAGUAUUCGCGGCCCAUAUGACACCUUCACAGGAGACAGGUCAAAGCCUAUUAUCUGCGGCCAUUACGCUGUGGAAAGGAAAUGCAUCAAGCUCGGCCCCAGCAAUGUCAAGAGCUUUGUGGAAGAGCUGGACACCAAGGAGAGAAAGAAAAAUGGUGUUUUCAGCACCCUCGCUCGGAACCCCGGCUGCUCCACGGAGCGGAUCUUCUGGGCCACACUCAGCCAGUGUCCACGCACCACGUAUGCUGUAGGGCCAGGCUCAUAUGAUCCAAAACCCGUGGAGCGAUCAGAAUACUUCAAUCAACCUCCAUUUUGGUCAUCUGCAAAAAGGGUUGACAGGAAAGCAUACCGCCUCUUUAUUGGAAACACGAACCCAGUUGGUGUUGGUCGCUAUGACAUCACAAAACAAGAAAAGUGCAAGUGGAAUACUAGAUACCGGUCACUUUACCAGUGUGAAACACACCGUUAUCUGAGUAACCUGGAACAGGAUGCAUACUUACUACAGCGGAUCAACCCUGUUAAUAGAGGGCAUUGGAACAAUUUGGUUUCUGCUGCAAGUGAUCCAGAUACCUCUGCACAAGCUAUUGCUGCUACUUCAAACUAAGUGCAUGCUGUAAAGCAGCAGGCAGGUGGAAACACUGUUAAAUAAAGACUGAUUAUAAGAAGGACAAUACUUACAACGUACAAUACAGCUGCACACAAGUCAAGAUAGUCUAAAACGACCUACAGUUUUGCUCUGCAAUAACACACUUAAA